GAAGCGACUGUUUUUGUAGCUGCAGACGCUGCAGCAGCAGCCAUGAAGCUGAGCACUCAGGCCUACUGCAAGAUGGUCCUCCACGGCGCCAAGUACCCGCACUGCGCCGUCAACGGGCUCCUGGUGGCCGAGAAGCAGGCGCCCCAACAGCCCCAGCAGCCCCGGGGAGCCAGGGACAGGGACGGCCCCACGCCGCCUCCGCCCCCCUCCGCCGCCCAGACGCUCUUCGUCGACUGCGUCCCUCUCUUCCACGGAAGCCUCGCCCUCACCCCGAUGCUGGAGGUGGCCCUCACCCUGAUUGAUUCGUGGUGCAAAGAAAACAGCUACGUAAUAGCCGGGUACUAUCAAGCUAAUGAGCGUGUGAAGGAUGCCAGUCCAAACCAGGUUGCUGAAAAGGUCGCCUCCAGGAUUGCAGAAGGGUUCAACGACCCAGCGCUCAUAAUGGUGGAUAAUACUAAAUUCACAAUGGAGUGCAUUGUACCAGCAGUUCAUGUGUAUGAGCAUCACGAAAACAAAUGGAGAUGCAAAGACCCACACUUUGAUUACUGUGAAGACUGGUCAGAAGCCCAGAGGAUCUCUGCCUCCCUUUUGGACAGCCGGUCGUAUGAAACGCUAGUGGAUUUUGAUAAUCACUUGGAUGACAUCCGGAAUGACUGGACAAACCCAGAGAUUAAUAAAGCUGUCCUCCACUUAUGUUAGGGAGGCUCCCACUGACUUGACUUACUGGCAUUUCCAGCAGUGCUGAAGAAGAGGAAAUGGAAAGCGGGGGGGGGGGGGGUGCAAAAAGAUUUUGAAUGUCAAUAGAAUACCCAUGGUUCCUUCUGAUGGAAAGCCAAUGAGUAAGAUUCAUCCCUUGCAAAAGGAUGUGUCACUAUGCAGUCAAAUCUUUUUAAUGGGAAUCCUUGGACUAUCGACUGUAGUUCCCAAGCUCCUUUGUGGACUUCCACACACACUCGCAGCCUCCUCUCACAAUACAUUGCUGUAACGUUUCGAAUCAGGAACUAGAUCUGCUUGUCCAAACUAUUCAGAUUAAAAAGUUUUGACUAACCUUUUAUAACCUUUAGAGAGUAAUUUUUUUAAAAAAAGAAAUUUAUCGAAUAUCUUUCAGAGUUAAGCGCUAGUUUUUAUUUUUUAAAAAGACUGAUUAUCUAAGCUCUUAGUGAAAACGAUGUGGCCAUUUUGAGAGCUGCCGUUCUCAAGUGCAACCUGCUGGAUGUUGUGCACCACUGUAUAUGUUGCUAGGACAUGCUGCACAUGGAGAAGAAAAUAAUAGCCUGACAAGCAAUACUUUUUGUCCUCGGAUGCUGCCAAGUUUCUCAGUCAUUCUGAGAAUGCUGUGGUUUUUCUGCCUGUCAGACUCAAAAUGUUACGUGAGCCCAUUGGGUUUCAUCUUGAAUGACUUGCCCAUUCCAUGCUUUUGACACAUCAUGGCUUGUUCGGAGAAGGUGAAUGAGCUCUAGGCUCGUUCUUCCUUUAUUCCUGUUUUAAAGGUUUUUCUCUUUAACUCUAGGGCUGAAAAAUCUUAUAACUUCUUCCAUGCUUGGGUAAACAUGCAUCCAUCUAGAAAGAGAAGUUUCAGUUGCGGUGUUCAAUUCUUGACAUUUUACUGUCUGCACUCAUUGUUGUGAGCAAACCUCGGAAAGAGUUAUUGGUGGACUACAGCUCCCAUCCAUGUUGGUUGGGAAACUUGGGAUUUGUAUUUCAUUAAGGUGGGUCUUGUUAUGGGCAUGAGCAGCUUUUAGCCUUGGAUACAGCCUCUUCCCCUUUGCCUUUACCCUCCCUCCACUUGUGAAGGAAUGGGAAGCUACCAUUCUUGGUUUUGCAACUAAAACCACUUUUGAUUUUGUUCAGCUUUCCACUUAUAAUCCAAUUCACACAAACUGUAGGUUGCCUGGCUCCAAUAACUGCUCACUAUGGUUUGCUAUACUCCUAAGAAGAAGGGAAUGCUUAAGACAUUUGAUCAUUGCAUCUGACCGCAGCUCUUGUGAGUAAAUAUACCUGCAUAUGUGAAUUGUAGCAACUCUUAAUGCAGAGAUGCCCAAACUCUGGCAUUCCAGGUGUUUUGGACUUCACCUCCCAGAAUUCCAAGCAAUUGGCCAAGAUGGCUGAGGCUUCUGGGAGCUGAAGUCCAAAACACCUGGAAGACGAGCGUUUGGGAAUCACUGCUCUAAAGUGUGCUUUGAAAAGAAUCGCCAAACCCACAAACUCAAUAGUCACCCCUCUUUUCUAUGCUGCAUUGAAAGUAUUAAGAGUUGCACACCCCUCGCAGCUUUGGGUCUUUCAUAAGAGAUACUCCUUUUUUGUUUCAUGAAAUAAAACAGUUAUGCUUAUUACUGAAAGAAAAAUAAAAAAAGACAAAACAUCCGGUGCUGAAUAAAAUAGAUUUAGGAAUUGCUUAUAAGCAGCUGACACAUUCUGAAGCACUUUGUCUACAUAAACUGAAGCUCUUAAAAAAUAAUCUGGUGCCAAACACGGCUAUUUCCCUGUUACGAUAAAACUUACUCUCUGGUUUGAAUGUUAUCAUGCUGUAGAAAAAAGGUCCAUAUGUUUGGUGUUGAUUGUUUUUAAUAAUCUCAGCUCAUGAAAGAGUAGUAUUUCACUCUGAAAUGUGCCAGGUCAUUACAAUGAAUUGUUGAAUCUGUUUUAUUCAGCGUUGGAUGUCUUGUCUUCUUUUUCUUCCUAACUUGGUGCUGUUUCCUCUGCAUCGUUGACACUUAGUACAGACCCAGUUUGGUCCAUUCAGAAUAGACUUGUAAUGUAUUGAUCUUGUAGUUUAAAGGAGUCUUAUUUUUUUCGGUACUGCUUACAUGUGCUGCUUUUACUUUUUUAAGUUUGCCUCUUGAUGGAGAUAUGUGGCAUCUUCUUGUUAUUUUAUAUGUAUUUAUUUGUCUUUUUCUACUCCUCCGGACUGUAUGAGCGUAACCUUUAUAACAUACUACAUGUUAAGCAGUAACAGUUUGAGAUUUCUUGUUGAACGAAACUUAUUUAACUGACUACAUGUGCUUUCUUGCCUUCCCCCCGUCAUCUUGAAAAUAAAAUCGAUGAAAUUAG